AUGCCCGGCAGAACCACCUCGGAAGACGUCCCCAUGGACGAGGCGCCCACGUCUCACCAGCCCGAGGAGGAGGAGGCCGAGGCGCAGGAGGGGUCGCCCGAGCAGGAGGAGGAAGAGGAAGAGGAGGAGCCCCAGCGCGUCAAGAUUCUGCCUGGCUCGACGGACACAGCCGCCUCGUUCGAGUUCAUCGACGAGGGCCACACGCUUGGCAACGCGCUGAGAUAUAUCAUCAUGAAGAACCCCGACGUGGAGUUCUGCGCCUACGCCAUCCCUCACCCCUCCGAGGCCAAGAUGAACAUUAGAAUCCAGACAUACGAUGGCACCGCAGUCUCGGCUCUGCAAAAGGGUCUCAAGGACUUGCAGGCCCUCAGCGACACCGUCGCCGAGGAGUUCAUCCGCGCCAAGGAGGAGUUUGGCCGCUCGUAG